CAGGCACCAGCAGCAACCGGUGGCAAGAAGCAAAAGAAGAAGUGGUCCAAGGGCAAGGUCAAGGACAAGGCCCAGCACGCCGUCGUUCUCGACAAGCAGACCAACGACAAGCUCCAGAAGGAUGUCCAGUCUUACCGCCUCAUCACCGUCGCCACCCUCGUCGAUCGUCUGAAGAUUAACGGAUCGCUCGCCAGGCAGGCGCUCGCUGAUCUCGAGGAGAACGGCCAGAUCAAGAAGGUCGUCGGUCACUCCAAGUUGAGCAUCUACAGUACGUCCCCCGAGCGAAGGGAACACACCGAAGACGACGGAGAAUUUUUAUACUAA